UUGAACAUUCAUCUGCGAAAAUAACAGAUCAGAAAAUUGUUGUCCAAUAACAAGCAGUGUUCGACAUUAUAACGGUUAAAGAAAAACGAUUUCAAAUAAAAACGGACUACUAUUUAUAUAUUAGUUAAUUCGAACUGAAAUUAUCGGCGGAAAUGUGGAAAAUAAUAAUGAAAGUAAUGACCGUAACUAAGAUUACCUGCGGCCGCGACAGUAACCCGCCGCGUGUUCGGUCGAUCGAUACCCACGUGUAUUAAUAUUUCCCGCUCGUCUGAUGACGCUUCAUGGAUCUCAUUGACGAGGAAAGGAUCGACCCAGCUCCAGAGAGCGAUGGUUUCUCGUGGCGGUUUUGGGAGAAGCGUCGGCUGGUUGUGGCGCUGCUGGCUUUCUUCGGCUUCUUCAACGUUUACGCCCUCAGAGUGAACCUGUCAGUAGCUGUGAUCGCUAUGACCGAACCGAUCGAGCUCGAACUUGAUAAUGGCACGACUGUUUACGUUCCAGAGUUCGACUGGAGUCCGCAGACGAAGGGCUUGGUACUGAGCUCGUUCUUCUACGGCUACCUCCUGACACAGCUGCCCGGCGGUUGGCUUGCCUCUAAAAUAGGAGGUCACAGGAUGUUUGCUAUCGGUGUGGGCGCCACGUCCCUCCUCACAUUGUUCACGCCGCCUCUGGCACACAUCAGCACCGGUCUACUGGUGACUGUAAGAGUCAUCGAAGGACUUUUUGAAGGUGUCACGUACCCAUGUAUCCACGCCGUGUGGAGCGUGUGGGCGCCGGCCGGAGAGCGCGCCCGGCUCGCUUCCUUCGCUUUCAGCGGCAGCUACGUCGGAACGGUGGUGUCCCUGCCCGUGUCCGCGUACCUCGCCCGCUACACCGGCUGGCCCGGCAUCUUCUACGUGUCCGGUAUAUUCGGUCUUCUGUGGACCACCAUAUGGUGGUUGGUGGUGAAGGAGUCCCCGGAGAGAGACCCUCACAUCACGGCCGCCGAGCUUAAGUACAUUCAGGAGUCCCGAGGUUGUACGCGCGGUGUGCGGAGUCACCCGUGGCGCGCGAUGCUGUCUUCGGGUCCGGUGUGGGCGAUCGUGGCCGCUCACUUCAGUGAGAACUGGGGCUUCUACACGCUACUCACCUUCCUGCCCACCUUCAUGCAGGACGCCUUCGGGUUCUCGACGUCGUCGUCGGGCUGGUCGUCGGCCGUCCCCUACCUGGCCAUGUCUCUCACCCUGCAGGUAUCGGGCGUGUUGGCGGACUGGCUUCUCUCCCUCCGUCGCCUGAGCGUCACGGCUGUGCGGAGGCUCUUUACGUGCGGAGCUUUCGUGGCCCAGACGGUGUUCAUGCUGGGCGCGGCCUACUCGUCGUCCCCCUCAGCUUGUAUCGCGUGCCUCACCCUAGCCGUGGGUCUCGGAGGGUUCGCCUGGUCGGGUUUCAGUGUGAACCACCUGGACAUCGCUCCGCCUCACGCCAGCGUGCUGAUGGGCGUGUCCAACACCGUGGCCACGCUGCCCGGGAUCGUGUCGCCCGCCCUGGCCGGGGCCAUCGUCACCGACAAGUCGCCGGAGCAAUGGCGGAUCGUGUUUUUUAUAUCCAGCGCCAUCUACCUGUCGGGCGCGGCGCUGUACGGCGCGUUGUGCUCCGGGAACAGACAGGCCUGGGUGGUGGAGGUCGAGGGAGACGCCACCUUCGACACGGACGGCGCCUCCACCACCACCUACGACAACAAAGCCUUGGACAGGAGUUCGGAGAUGUGACGGAACAACACGACACACACUCGGCUCAUUACUUGAUACUGUGCAAUAUGAUCUGUUUUAACAAGGAUUUAGGAUUUAUAAACAAAGCUUAACCUCUCGGAUGUUAAGUGAUUGUGAUAUUGUAGCUUGUCUUUGACAGUUGGAAGUCUAGAGAACAAUUGAAAUAAAGUUAUCAAAAAAUAAUAAACAUGUCCUUUGCAUAAAGAGCGCACAUUGGUUUAUAUUAUUUUUGUUACUAUUCAUGAAAUUUUGGCAAUUUCGUGACUAAUUAGUUCCUAAGUGGAUGAUUUUGUAAAUAUACCUUUAUAAAUAUGUAUUAUAUUGUUAACUCAUACGACUGUGAUGAUGAAAUAAAUAUAUUUAAACUAGC